CGAGGAGACACAGUUCAAACUGAGAUUGAGAAAGACAGGAAUAGACUUGUGGCUACAAGGCUGAGUGGAGACAGACAUGACAGCAGUCUGAGCCCUGGAUGGAUAAGGUGCUUCCCAUGCCAAGGAAGAUUGUGCCCUUUGUGCACCAGACUCCCUUUCCUCCCCAGCACCUUCUUUCUGCGGAUGUCCCAAUCAAGUCCUAGCUGGUGCCAGAAAGAGAAGGCUCCAUGCAGUAUCACUUUGGGCACCUUUCUGCCUGCUUCCUCUUCAGACAGUGACUCUGGCUGCGCCCUGGAAGAUUAUUUGCGACCAGCCACAGAGAUUCGCCCACCAGAGGUGUCACCAGACGUUUGCUCAUCAGAUGCAGCCCCUGCUGCCAUUCAGAACCAGCUACGCAUCAGAACUCUCCUCCAGCAGCUGCCCCCACAAGACUGUGAUGAAAGAUACUGCUCAUCCAUUGGGGAAGAAGAAAGGGAACAGUUGCGAACCUUUGCUGCACGGAGGCGUCAAGAAUCCCUGGGACAGGGAGCCAUGUGCCCGGUGGUCCCUACAACUCAUGGGUGCUCAUGCAAAAAGUGUGGUAAGAUGAUGAGUGAAGGUGAACAGGGAGUAUUUGCAUCUCUCCUGGGAGAACAAUGUUGCUGGCAUCCUGCUUGUUUUGUUUGUCACACCUGCCGUGAGCCUCUAGUAGAUCAGAUUUAUUUUCAUCGGCAUGGGAAGAUCUACUGUGGUCGUCACCAUGCAGAGUUUUUCCGUCCACGCUGUGCAUCAUGUGAUCAGCUGAUCUUCACAUCAGAGUGCAUGGAGGCAGAAGGCUUGCGCUGGCAUGAAGAGCACUUCUGUUGCCUGGAGUGUGACUUGCCCCUGGGCGCACAGCGAUAUGUCAUGAAGGGUGGCCAGCCUUGCUGCUGUGCUUGCUUUGAGAGUCUUUAUGCAGACAUCUGUCAAGCUUGUGGAGAGAUUAUUGGAGUUGACAGCGAGCAGGCCACCCUUCAAGGUCAGCACUGGCAUGCCAAACCCUCCUGCUUCUGUUGCAGCCUUUGCCAAAAAGCAUUGCUAGGCCAGCUGGUCACCAUUCGAAACGGCCUCCUCUUCUGCAGUGAGGCCUGCAGCUUGGAGAAGGAAUUGGCUUUGUCUUCCGCUGGCUCAGAUUCCUCCGACUCUGCUUUUAUCUCUGCCCCGUCUCCUGACUCCACGCCCAUCUCUAGAACUAGAAAGAGGAGCCCAGGCUGUUCUGCUGAUGGAGCAAGAAACAACAGUGAUGCCUAUAAGGAAAUGGUGGAUGCAGAUGCUGGAAGUCUUCAUCCACUUGGGGAUUCAUCAUUAUCUCCUGAAUUUGGUGGUCAAGAGGAGGCAGGAGUUGUUUCUAGAAUCAGUAUGGUCUCCCAAGAGCCUGAUGGAUUUGAGUCGUCAACUGAUUCACCACGUAGGGAGAUGGGAACUUCCACCCUCCAUCUUUUGGCAACAGCUGGGAGCAGUGAGAAGGAGAGCAACAUCUUAGGAUCUGCUCCUCCACAGGCACCUUGGCAAGGGAUUGGAGAUCAUCAGUGUGGAAGUAGUCUCUCUAUAGUGCCUCUUGGAUCAGUAUUAACUGUGGACUUACCAGAGAGCCCAUACAAGGGCAUCCCUGAUGGACAGGAAACAACAAUAGAUCAGUGUGACACUUGGUGCCCCACAUGCUCAUCCUCUUCAGAUUCGGACUCUGAGCCGGAAGGCUUCUUUUUUGGGAAACCGAUUCCAAAGCCUGGGGCCCGACGUGUUGCUCUCUCUGACAUGGAGCAGAUGACACCGGGCAAAGGAACAGGGUGGGCAGCCAGAGCAAGGGCAAGCGGUAAGCACUGUAGCAUAGCCUAGCAUGGAGUUACUUUCCUAGGUUCUUGGAUAGUGUAAGACAGACAGAAAGGAGGAGUCACAAGCAGACACUUUAUAUAACACAUUGUAAUGGAGAAGAAGAAUGGAAAAUCAUCUGCUUAUGAAUGCAAAUGAAAGACAAGGCUAGCUAACUCAGAACAGCCUUGAGGAACAUGACUGCCAACAGAAGAUACAGAGUUUGCAUUUCCAUAGGCCGUAUGUUUUGGAGAUUAGGGAAAUUGUCUCCUCUACUUCUGUAGCUUUGACUUUUUAAAAAAAUGUGUAAGUUUGUUUCCAGGCAAGCUUGCUGCCCAUACCAACAUGCUCCACUUUCUGUAGUGCCCCAGUUGAUAAUGGCAUUUAAAAAAACAGGUAGAACAAGUUAAGGAUGGAAAGGUUACUGGGUGUGUGCACGUAUCUACACAUAUUUCUCACACAAAUGGAGAGGGUGAUCAGCAUGCCCACUUUCUGCACUGCAGCCAGUAUUUUCACUGAGUGGAAAAACAGAGAGGUAGAGACAGGGGCUGCUUUAAAUGGCUUUGGAAUCCGCCUUGGAAACCUUUCUGUGGAGCCAGCAUUUUCAUUAACAAUGGCCUGUGUUCUCCAGUUCAAUCUGUGGUUAAUUCUUCUGUGCUGCUCCCUGCUGACAGCUCUGGGGAUAUUUCGUGAGCAGCAGGAGAUACUGGGGGCAAUUACAAAGUCCUGACAACUACAUUCAUGAUCCUAAAAAUCUAAAUGUACUGCUUAUUUAUAUGCAUCAGUCUGUGAUAGACGAAUAAUUUUUAAAAUCAGUCUAGUCAUUAAAUGUUCACAUACGAAAAUAAUUAAGAUCUUGGGAAAGAUUAACACGGUCUUGAGAGCAUACAGGAAUAGGUUAAAUGGCACCGAGUGACUUCUGCUUUGAACAAAUCACUGGCUAAAGUUGAUUUAAUAAUCUUACAACUGCAGCUCUGGAAGGGACUCUAUGGAUCAUUGAGCCCAUCCUCCAUCAAGUGAGGAAUUCAAAUCCCAACUUCUGGCUCCGCAGCCAGAUUUCUAAACCACUGAGCUAUCCAGCAGUUCUUAUAAGCAGUAACCUCUUUGCUUCAAGCAUUAAAUAAAUGACUUUUCUCUAAAUGGUAACCACAAAUACAUAUUAGACAAAAGUUAGUUGGCAGACAAACAGUGGCUAAAAUCCUGAUCGACAGGGUCUGAAUGAGGAACAGGAACGAUGGGAGCAGGAGCAGAUUGCUGCCCAUCAAAGACUUAUUUUUGCAAUUCUGUGGUAAGCAUGGUUUUGUUGCACUGUGUGCAAGCCGUGCACACCCUGAAAACACAAAGGGAAGCCUAAUCAUUGGCAAUCUACUGCUGCCCAGGUGGAGGUGCACACCAGGGUUUCAGCCAAUAAGCUGAUCCCACUAAAGCCUUAUGCAAGGUAGUGCCAGUUUCCACCAUCCCUUCCCAAACAUCCAUGUGUGGACAUGCACAGUUCUAAAGCUUUCCCUUAGCAGGUUAGCAUAGUGAUUGGUUGGGGAAGGUAGGGAGCUUAAGUUGCCAGGGAGGUUAACCACAACAUUUUUAUUGGUUCCAUGACUACUGAUAGCCAAGCUCAAUAGCAGGCACAGUGAUCAGCAGAAGUUGCCCUUUUGCUUCUCCUGCAUACAUUUGUGACAGAGCAGCAAACACCUUCUGUUCAUUGCCCAAUGUCUGUGCCAAAGGUAGAAAUUCUGAAAGGGGAGAUUUAUGCAUGAGUUGCUGUUUACUUAUGGAGGCCUCACCUAUAGAGGAAACGAGGCAAGGCUCUGUGGGUACGGUGAUGUCACAAGACAUUCUUCAGCAUGACUAUUGAAGCAAAAUCGAGAUACAGCAUAGAGUGGGGCAGAGACCUGGUGACUUUCAGUUAUUUUGGAUGCACAUCCCAUCAGCCUCUACCAGGACUGUCAGUUGUCAGGAACUACAUAGUCCAAAGAUCUGGAGGGCAACAGGUUACCAGUUUUUGACAGGAAGAAUGUGAGAUGAAGGCAUCAGAUUGUAGCCCUUCUUCCACAUUCUGCAUAAAUUGAGCAGGUUCCUGUGAUCCUUGCCCAGCAACCUCCUAACUCGUACAUAUUCAAAAGGCACAAAGAUACAAAAAAAAAAAAUUAACUCUAUCUUAUUUGAAUUGACUUAAUAUCCCUAAAUAGGAUACUAAAAGAAUGGUAAGCAGAUUUACUUGGAGCUGAGUGAGCAGUAAUAGUACAGGGAAGUACACUUUCAAAUAAAAGCUCCAAAAUA